AUGGACUUGUGGUACGAUGUGGCGACGAACAAUUCAGGGCGGCCCCUGUUGCGGGGCGGUGAGCAAGUGGUGCUGAUUCAGGAUGCAGUGGGGCUCUAUGACGGUAAAGAACGGGUUGAGGGGAGGCAGAGCGGUCGGGUGUUUCUGACUCAGCAGCGGUUUGUGUACGUCGAUGAUUUGAACCCGACGGGGAACUCUGUCGCGCUCGAUCUGGAAAAUGUAGCGUCACUCGAGUAUUCUUCAGGGUUCCUGAAAAGAUCGCCAAGACUGGUAGUCUUCGUGAGGGAUGGGGGUACUCGUCCCCCGGGGGAAGAUAUCACCAGUGCAGGGUUUCUCACUCAAUGGGUAUGUCCCAUCUGUGCAGAGAAGAAUUCUACAGAGGGUAAAUUUUGUGAUGGGGACAGUUCGGUGCAACCCGUAUGCUUCAAUUGUGGUGUUCCAGCCGAUUACGAACUGGCGAGGGACUCAAUCAAAUAUAUUGAGACGAAUAAAAGUACGGAUCCAACGGAUCGCGACACUGUGGUGUGUCAAAGUUGUACUUUCAUAAAUCACAAACUGAUGAAGUUUUGUGAAAUGUGCGGGGGUCGUCUACCCCCGAGGAAAUCCCAUAGAUCUAAGAAAUUAUUCUUGAAGACAGGGUCCCUCAAGGAAACUCCGCAGUUUUUCCAACUAAGUUUCAGGAAAUCGGAUGGCUCUCUGUUUGCAAAGGCGGCAGAGAAAACACUCAAUGAUGCGCGCCAGAAGGAUAUAUUUAACCAAAACGUCGCGGAGAUAGAUGGAGCUGCAGUGAACCCAACAGUGAAGGAGGAGGAACUCGUCAAGAAACUGGACAAGAUGGACCUGAUGGGGAUCAAUGGGCUCGAGAAGUUUAGAGAGAACCAGCUUUUAAAUAAUGAUAUUUUGUUCACCAAUGCAUUGCAAGAUCUGAACAAACUGAUGUCCUUGGCAAACUCGAUAGAGAGACUGUACAAAAGGGAGAGCAAUAAUUCAGGUAGCUCAACGACAGCUCACCCGUAUCUGGUUGUUGAUCGCGAGAAAUUUUUCACAAAGGACUCCUUCCUUGACGAGAUCGCCAGAGAGGUGUACGAAUUCGCAAUGUCUGAAUUCAAGGAUAACGAAAUCGACAGGAAUGUGAUUGUUACCCUUGUGGAUUUUUAUGCAAUGUACAACAAGUCCGUGCGGAUCGGUACGGGGCUGAUCUCACCGCAGGAACUGAGGGAUGCAUGUCAGCGGUUCCCCAAAUUGGGGUUGCACGAUUUGAAAUUGUUGAAAGUCAAUAAAAGAGUGUUGUGCUUGACAAGUGUGAACUCGCUCAAAUUUGUAGAAGAGAGGGUAAUGGAGAUAGUGCAAGGGCAACCAGGCUCCGACUCCUUGAAGAUCACACAGGUGCUGAAUGAACAAGCGAAGACGGACAACAGUUGGGCAAUCGGUAUCAUUGAUGAGAUUCUCAGCUCAUGUAUAAAUAACGGGAAGCUGGUCUUGGACGAACAAAUGAGCGGAAUGCUCUAUUAUUCUAAUACAUUUUGGUCACUAUAA